GAGCAAGCCAUAUUCGCCCCGUCGGCAUCACAAAACUACACAUUCGAAUAUCUCCAGACUCACCUCUGGCCAGAUGGAGCCUCCGAACGAAAACCCUGGUCGGAUGUCCCGGAAGAUAUCAGGAAUCGCGUCAAUGGAAUCGAGGUGCUGAAGAUGGGUUUCACAGCGCAGGAUCUGGAGCUCUUUCCUAACCUCAAGGUCAUCGUACGAAUGGGAGUAGGCUACGAUCGUCUCGACCGCGAGGCAUUGGCGAAGAAAGGCGUCAUUGUCUGCAAUGUGCCCGACUAUGGCACAGCUGAGAUCGCAGACCAUGCCAUUGGACUGAUGCUGUCCAUGCGGCGAGGCAUCCUUCUCCACAACGACCGUCAACGACUGCAACCUCCGGAUCCGUGGAUGGUGAUCAAUACGCCUCUGGUCGCAAGGCUACAGCAGUCCACCUUUGGCAUCCUCGGACUCGGUCGGAUAGGGACUGCGGUCGCACUAAGGGCGAAAGCAUUCGGUUUCAAUGUCCUGUUCUACGAUCCUUACCUUCCGAAUGGCGUCGACAAGAGUCUCGGAAUCGAACGAACGAAGGACAUCAAAGACCUAUUCAAGCGGAGUGCGGUCUUGAGCUUGCACUGUCCUUGUACUCGCGAGACCCGUGGAAUGAUCGACUACUCCCUACUCUCCCUUCUCCCACCCGGCGCAGUCCUCGUCAAUACCGCUCGCGGCGAGAUCCUGGAUCUCAAUGGUGUCCAACAGUGUCUGAAAGAGAACAUCCUCGCCGGAGCGGCUUUGGAUGUGCUUCCCGAAGAACCUAUCCCUGAAGAUCGCGUGCAUCCUUUGAUUCAGGCAUAUCGCAACAAGGAGUCGUGGCUGGAAGGUCGAAUGGUGCUGACUUGCCAUACGGCGUUUUACAGUCCUGAGAGUUUUAUCGAUAUCCGCGUCAAGAGUGCGCAGACGAUGCGGGAUGUGCUGAUUGAUGGGUUGAAGAGUAAUGUCAUCACACCGGAGAUGGAGUGA